CAACAAGAGAAAAUCAUAAAAAGAUUUAAGGAUUUUUAGGGAUAAGAUUUAAGAAUGUCAAGCGUAACCACGACGACAGAAAAAAGGGGCGUGAGGGGCCGCAGGGAUCUGAUGAAUGACAGUAGUUCAGUUUCUGAUGAGGGUUCUCUGUACUUCUUGCAAGGGGAGGAGCGAGAUUUCCUGAACGCCAAGAUGUUUCUCAUGUCCAAACCAGACCCAUUUACUCCUAGCCUCUAUGAGCACCUGUCGGGAAUGAUUGCGCGUUUGCUUGAAGAUGGGUCGGAAGUGACAUCAGAUCUGGAAGAAUUGAGUCGCCUCAUGAAGCUGGAGCGUCUCACUCCGCCUGCUCAGCCCAUGAAAGAUCACGUGCCUCAAUCCGCUUCCGAGAAGCUUGCGCAUGCGCAGUGGACCAUGCUUAAGAAACCACCACUUCCGGUAGUAGAGUCGGAGCAAACGCAGCUGGAAGACGGUUCCCCACUGCCACCGGAACAAACGGCCGCGGUUCCGGACAUCCUGCGACUGGCGGCCCAACUGGAGGCGGCGGGCGUCGGGCUCCCCCGGGAAGAGUUCGUCCGAAUGUCUCUAGCGCUGAGGGACUUGGUGAACAUGUACCCUAAUGUACAGCACCUUAGAUUCUGGGGAAAAGUGCUCGGUACCACCGGAAGUUUCUACGUAGCGGAAGGCGAAUUUCAUGAGGGCGAUUAUGAAGAUGAUUCCAGUGGCACGCACGAAGAUGCUGAAGAAGAAGAGAGCGAUCUUCGGGAAGAAGACAGUAGUUUGUUUGAGGACAUUAUGAUACCCGAGGACCUCAAGCUCGCUUACCGCCCUCCACCCAAGAUUCCCUGCGAGGUUGCGGGCACCGGGCUUAACAAGAAAGUCUAUUACGUCACUUCCGAACCCGGUCUGCCCUGGAUACGCCUGCCACAUGUGACCCCGGUGCAAAUCCAGGUUGCCAGGAAAAUCCGGAAAUAUGUAACUGGUGACCUUGAUGCCCAGGUGGUCUCCAACCCGCCAUUUCCGGGCACUGAGCGGAACUUCCUGCGCGCCCAAAUUGCCCGAAUUACAGCCAGCACACAGGUUUCUCCUCUUGGAUACUACAGGUUUGAUGACGAGGGAGAGGAGGAGGAGGAGCACGCGGAGGAAGCAGGAGGCGGAAGAGCGAACAUUAUCGAGGACCUGGAGUUUGAGGGUAUCUCUGUCAAGGACCUGGCUGACGGCGGGCUACAGGCGUGGGUUCACCAUUCUCCGGGUAUCUUGCCACAGGGUCGAACGACAUGGUGGAACCCGGCUCAGCCUAAGGGCGAGUAUAAUGGGGAAGAGGAAGAAGACGAAGAUGAGGAGGAGGAGCGGAACGAGCCGGACGAACCGGAACCGGAAGUGGGGCCGCCCCUCUUGACACCACUAGCGGAGGACGAGAACGUUGGAAUCAGUCCUCCCUGGAUUGCGUGUCUAAGCUCCAAAUUUGUUCCCGAGUACGCCGUCGCCGUCCUCCAGUCUAAUGUGUGGAAGGGAGCGUACGCUUUUGCCACUGAGAAAGGGAGGUACUUCGACAACUUUUACGUGGGUUGGGGCGUCAAGAACCUUGAUGGCGCCUUUGAGCCAGAUCUUCCGGAGGCACCACUUCCGGAAUUUCCAAGCGGACCGGAAGUUACAGAAAUUGACGACCCAUCACCGGAAGAGGAGGCGGCCGUCAGGGCGGCGCUACAGGAGAAGAACUGGAAGCGGAAUUUGAACAAAGUAUUGGCGACGACGACGACGACAUUGUGGAUGACGAAGGUGAUGGCGGAGACCAGUUUGAUUAAUAUAGACUAUUAA